AUGUCGUUCCCGACCAACAAGCUGCCAGAAGCCUUCGAGGAGGAGCACGGCUCGCUCGACCUCGACGACGCAAAGCCCUCGACCUCGGCCGGUGGCCGCCCAGGCGCGCGCGACUAUGGCGGCGACGACGAGGACCUCGACCUGCCCGACCAGCCCAACAACGUCUGGCUGUGCAAGGUCCCGCGGUUCCUCAUGGAGAAGUGGAUGCAACAGCAGGAGGAAGGGCAGAUGCUCGGGCGGGUGCGGGUCUACGACGAGAAAGGCGCCGACGGCCAGCCCAAGAUCGCCCUUAUCCUCAACGACCCGUCCGCCGCUUCCUCCUCAACCACCGCCUCGCCGUCCUCGUCCUCGGCCCACCAGAAGCCCGACGUCAAGGGCAAGCGCCCCGCGAGCGCGACCGACGGCGUCCCGACCGAGUACAAGUUGACGAUGCAGAACACGAGCAGCAAGAACCUGUACGUGUUCGGCGAGCGCAUCGAGGACGACGUCGAGACGGGCGACGAGGGUGCGAGGAGAAAACGCCGCAAGACGACGCUCGUCGGCACGGUCGCGCACGAGUGCUCGCUCACGCCGUCGAUCCAGUCGGCCGACGCGUCGGCGGCGUACGCGCGCAUCCUGCGCGAGCGGCAGCGCAAGGCGUCCGAGCCGCGCCGCACGCUCAAGAUGCUCGAUGUCGACAAGGCGCAGGCGAACCGCAUGGCGAGCGGCAUGGGGACGGCCGGGCUCAAGGGCAGGGUCGCCACGUUCGCUAACACGUCGAACCGGGCCAAGGCGGCGGGCACGUCGUCGGGCACGGCGCAGCAGCAGCGCCUGACGCGCAUCCCCAAGAACGAGCUCCUCGACCUCUUGUUCCCGCUGUUUGCCCAGGCGCCGUACUGGCACCUGCGCGCGCUCAACGACCACGUGCAGCAGCCGCAGACGUACCUGCGCGAGACGCUCAACGAGGUGGCCAUCCUCGUGCCCAAGGGCCCGUACGCCCAGAUGUGGGCGCUCCGGCCCGAGUACAAGGGCGCGGCGGGCGAGAAGGCGCAGCAGGGCGCGACGGCGGCGGCGGCGAGGGCCGGUGCGGCAGGAGGAGGAGGAGGAGGGGCGGCGGCGCAGCAGGGGUCGAGCGCGAGCGGCGCAGGCGGUGCGGCGGCGGCCCGAGGCGGGGCAGGCGGCGCAGGAGGCGUCAAAGCUGAGCCUGGGACGAGCGAGGGCGCGCUGCUGCUCGAGGACGACGACGACGACGACGACCUCGAGAUGGUGUCCUGAGCGCGCUGGUCGGGGACGAUGCUCCGCUUUGCCUUGUGUGCAACACCUUUAUCUCAUGA